GACGUGGGUGAGAGGGUGGGGGAUAAAGACAAGCUGCGAGCAAACAGGCGCCUUGUCAAUCAGAUAGUGACGGUGGAAACAGCCACUUCGAACUUGGGCUCCGUCUCGAUAACAUCGUUUGCUUUCCGCUCUUCAAUACUUUCUCUUGUCCAAACUCUACCACGCGUUUAUUGUUUGACAAAUUCCCUCAGUAAGUCAUUCGUAUUUAGUUGAGGAAAAGUUUGUGCGCCGUCAUCAGAAGAUUUUGCGGAUUCGCUGACCAGGAUUUUACGGAUUUUGAGACAAGAUGCUGUGCACGGCUAGACCACCAGAGAUGAUCAACACUUUCAAACAGGAGCCUCAAGAUAUUAUAAACGACUGGAACAUGUACCACACACUGUCUACCUACCACGCCGAGGAUAGCUACAUCCCACCCUCGGCACCACAGCCGCACGUUCCGCCCAUGAGGAAGAAACAGCCGCCCGUCGGCAGGAACAGGAAGAACGCCUACAUGCCGCACCAGGUGCAACUGCUAGAGGGCGUUUAUCAAGCCACCAAGAUGCCGGACUCCGCCCAGAAGAACGUCAUUGCCACCUUUGUGGGAGUUGGCUCCAAGCAAGUCCAGACGUGGUUCCAGAACCGACGCAGUCGUGACAGAAGAGUGGGCGCCGCCCUGGCCAGUCUGCCACACCGCGCCAUGGGUCCGCAGCUCAUCGCAGAGGAAUACAUGCAGAAGGUCAUCAGUGAGGUCAUGGCGGCCAAGGAGCCAAUGAGCAACCGGAAGCGACAGUCCAUCAAACUCAGCAGCAGCCCAGUUUCCACGGCAACAAGCCCAAGCUACACUGCCCCGCCCUCAGCAGCCUCCAUCACAGCAUCCCCGCCCCAUCCCAAGUCACCAGACAGCAACAACAACUCCAAGUGCAGUGCAGCAUCGCCUCCUAGCAACAUUGAGAAGGACUGCAGCGUAAAGUCACCAGCUGAACAGCAGGGCACCCCAGGUUAUGUGGAAGCACCACUCCAGUACCUGCCCAGCAUGUCGUUCAUGAACCCGGGAGCGACCGCCACGGUACACUGGUUCUACGAGGAUCACGUGGGAACGGACGAUAUUCGCGAGUACAACAGAACGGUGGUGAUGCCCGAGAAAUACCACCCUAUCCCCUCAUCUUACUAGAAACAGUUGUGGACAUAACUUGCUACUGUAUUGCAUUCUCAGUGCUAAGUACAGCCAUUCUACUUUUAUCUGGCAAGAAGCUGCGUUCAAAGAGUCGUAACAUGUAAAGAUAGGUUUGUUUAUGAGGCUGUAAAUAUUUUGUAUAUAUACUAAAAUCUAUUAUGUUGAAAGGUUGAAGAAGCAUAAAGUUGUGUUGUAUUAUGUUGUGUUUUACAAUCCAUAAGUUCUUUUAUGUUAUCAUUGGUUAUUUCUUGUUGCAAAAAUAUAUAUAACCACACCAACUUCAUUCUGUUUAAUACUAUUUUUAUUGUAUUUCCACCAUGGUAACAAGCAGAUUUGAAUAUCUGAAUAAUGAUAUUUUUGUAAAGAUUGCACAAAAUGUUCUAGUUGCAACUACACCAUCUGCAAAGUACAAUACAGUCGCCAACAAGUUCAAAUAAACAUUAACAUUCUAUAACAUACUGUCUGCAUUCUGACUUCUUGAAAAGACACAGUCUUUUUUACAACAGCUUUUUAAAACCUAGGCAAGCGCAACGAACUUAGCACACAUUUAGCGCAAGAAUCAAGAAAGGGUAUUAUGUAUUUUGAAGGAAGAAUCCAAAUACAACAAAUGUAUUAUCACCACAUAUCUAGGGCAGUGGUUUCAACAAGGUCCUGUAUAAGACCAGUAAAACUUGUCUAAUUACUGAUCAUCUUUAAUUGUAAGAUGGAUGAAAAUAAUAGACUAUAGAGCAUGCAAGUAAGCUGGAAUGAAAACCAUAUCAAUAAAACAUCUUGUUUUCAAAGCAGGUGACCUUUGUAUAAACUAGAAUGCACAGCAUAGGAAUCAAAGACUAUUACAUACAUAAUCACCAAAAUCACAAAUAUGUUCUAACAUUGCUGAUAAUACGAAUGUGGUAAAAUUCAUAAGAAAGAGCUUGAGUAAUAUGUAUGUCUAUCAACAUCAGCAUUGUUAUAUAACCAUUUAAUAAUCAUAAUAUUCCAUUGGUAAAUCAGAGUAUAUACUGUAGCCAUAUCACAAUCUAGUAUUAGUGUAUUAUUGAUAAUACAGGUUUACAAUUGCUGAUUUUGCGAUGUCAGGAUCUGUCUAUAGUUGCUAUGAAUUAACUGUACACAAAGAAAUGUUCAAAGAUAAACUUCAAUGCUGAGAAAGCUUAUCCAUGUUUCUAACACAAUAUCACAGACUGAACUUACAUUAUAUGAUUAGAUAAUAACUCAACAAAAGCAAUUGCUGUUAGGCAGAGGCAUAACUUUUAUAGUAUUCAAGCUUGAAAAAUGCAGCAUAGAAUGUUUAGGAUAAUUUACUGAGAUAGCGUCAAGCUAAAAAUAGCAAGCAAAAUGCAAUUUAGUAAUCAUUUAACAAGUCCUCAAGGCAAUACACGGCCUUGGGCAAAGGGGUAACUUCAGUCAAUGCUGUUUUUAAUGAAUAUUGAUGAUCAAGCUCUAGCUAUAACGAUAUAUACUUUAGCAUUAUAAACUGAUUACAAAUAUCCAGGGUCAGGUUUUGUCUAAUGGAUUAUCAAUGAGUCCGUCCUAUAGGGUGUCCUUAUGUCACCCCGUGGUCAAAUCAAUCUUACAAAUGCACUGCACUUGGAGACAUGACAUGGAACUGAAUAGCUCUGAUACAGAGGACUAUUCGCUAUUUACAAUGGCCUAUGCACCGGCUCACUCUGGAACAAACACUUACUUAUAUAAUAUGUUUGAAGACUCGUCUGAACAUAAUGAUUUUAGUAUAAAUUAUCUGUAUCUAUAUAGCCGGUAUAACCGCCCUUUGGCAUAACACACCAGCUUAACAGUAACACACCAGCUUAAAAGUAGACCCAGAGAGUUAGGACCUUG